AUGAGAAAGUCACUGGAAGGCGAUGAGAGUGAAAAUGUCAGCAGUUCCCACAAAUCCUCCAAGCCUCCCACGGCCCGAAAGCGAUCAGAACCGAGACAAGAAAGAAACGGUGACAAUUCUGAUGUUGGCUCGGGGAGUCUGCUGGACGAAGACAAUGCGGUCAACAGACGGGAAAUACGGAGCAAGUACCGAGAUCUAAUCAACUCAGUGCAACAGAAUCGAGAUCAUAUGCUAAAUCCUUCCAACAACAUGCUCACAGAGGUUUUGGAAGAAGCAAAUAACCUUUUUAAGGAUGUACGACAAACCAGAGAAGCGGCUCUUGAUGCUCAGCUCAUUGUUGUGGCCACUGACCUUGGGAAGGAGAAGGCCAGUCAACUGUUUUCUGAGGGUGCCGCUUUUGAUCCCUCUGCUUUUGCUGAGAAUCUUUUAUCCUUCAUGGGUCUAAACCGGUUAGAGGGUGGAGAACAUGAGCCUCAGAACGGAGGUGAUGGCUACCUGCCCAGUGAUGCAUGGGACCGACUUGCACGCAGAGCAGAGACCUGCUUCAGAACAGCCCCAACUUUCCACUACAUGUUAGGUUCAUUUCAUGCUGAGCCACCUCCACCAAAACAAAGAAUUGAGAGACAAGUGAGAGCACCAAACAAGGAAGCAAAAAGAAAUAUGCCAACCCAGCUAAAGAAAAUGGAAGAAUCUCAUCAAGAAGCAACAGAAAAAGAGGUGGAAAGAAUCCUGGGAUAUUUGAAGAGUUAUCACCAAGACGAUCCCACGACUCCGAUAUCAUACUACGAGUUUGUCGUUGACCCAAACUCAUUUUCCCGAACAGUAGAAAAUAUGUUUCAUAUGUCUUUUUUAAUCAGAGAUGGUUUGGCGGGCAUGUACCUAGAUGAAGACAAAUUACCUUGUAUAGCUCCUGUAGAAGAAGGGAUGGAUGGUGAAGGCUCAAGUCAAAAACAGUGUGUAAUCUCUAUAACCAUCGACACCUGGAAGGAGCUCAUUGAAGCGUUUGACAUCAGCGAAGCAAUGAUUCGACCUCUGAGUGAAAGUUGA